CUCAUUACCGCGGGGCGGAGAAGCAAGUCAGCCGUCUAGAAACAGAAAGUGAGUUCUGUCUGUAAGUUUAUUCUAUUUUUAACCAUUAUUCAGAAACACAGCCGAGAGAAACAAGGACUACAAGUUGGAAAAACAGGCGGAGUGGCCGGGAAUCCGCAGGAGCUACUGAACAGACCGUUUGAAAGGACUUUGAAUAAACAAAAAGGAGGCAGGAAAAUGACCUAAUUAGCGCCCAGCGUGACGGACAACCCUGAUGCGAAUGUAUUAGUGGUAAUUUCUCCAGUUUCACCCACAAGGAAGACACACAUGCAUCAGCGCACAUACCCGUACGGCGUAUUUACAAACCCUGCCCUUCCCUUCCUGCCAUCCACCCCAGUCCUCCAUGGAUUCCUACAACUUACACUUUGAGAGAAUGAGCAACGUGGACCUGCAUCCUCUGAGCCUGCCUGUCAGCCGGCUCUCCCCAGCCAAGUCCAACAGCAGCAUUCCCGACCAACUUGGCCACCACCAACACGGCAAAGGAGACUCUGCGUACAGCUCCUUCUCUGGCGGAUCAACCGCCCCAGACUACCCCUCUCCUUUUCUCCCAGACGACCUACAGUCCAGCUCCUUCAGCCACUAUGCUGAUCUGAAGUAUGUAAAAUCCAUUUUCCAUCCCACCCAGGUUCUGCAGUCCGACUCAAAGACCAUGGACCAGAUCUAUCGCUCUGUGGAAGCCAUCUCACAGCAGUAUCGCAACAAUACCAGCACCAAUGUAAACCGCCACAACCAAAAUGGCUAUGGCAGUCUCUAUCCCAACAACAAAGCACUUUCUAAAAAAGAGGGGCCUCCAUCCCAAGGUGCUUACCCUCCGGUCCGUCCUCCUCCAGUCCCAGCACGCAUGGAUAGUUUUAUAGCCACAAAAAACUUGGAAAACAGCAGGGUCCACCAUCAAGGUACUGAGUUUCAACCCCAGCAGCCACAGCCACAAAAACCUCCCAAACCCCACAAUCGACUCCAUCCACAGCCCCAUGGUCAGAAUACCCUAAACCCUGAGACGCCUAACCCAGACACAGGCAAAUCAAGCUACAAGUCUGACCCAGUGUACUCAGUUUGGAGGGGCUCUCAACAGCAGCAGCCACAGGCCCAGCUGCCACCAAGCUACCGCCCCCAACUCCAGGUUCAUGAUCACACCAGGACGCCAUUGAACCCAGAAUACAUUUUCAUCACAGAUAAUAAAGCUGCCUCUGAGCAGCAGAAGUCAACAAGCCGAUCACCUCCCAGAGCCACAAGCCAGCCCGAGCACCUGAAACUGAGACAUUCCUCAAGCAGUGGUGAGUGUAAUGGAGACCAUCCCAACAAGUCCACUGGUAGCAGUAGCCAUUUUGAGAGUCAGCGCAAAAGAGCACACUCAGCUCAUGAUUGGCUUGGUUCAGAGCCAACUCGAGCUUCCAGCCCCUGGAAUGCUGGUCAGAGUUUAAUCAACAGCAGCAUCCAGCAUAAGGGUCAGUUCUACUUUGUCACGGGAGUCUGUAAGUCUGAAUCUGGAAUGAGGACGUACUCUGCAUCGGUGUGUGGGUCUGAGUCUGGGAGCGAGAGCUCCACUGUGGUGGAGACUUACCGGCUAAGAGAAAAACAAAGAUGCCACAGCACAAUGGAUAAUUUGUUUAGACCGCUCCAAGAGAGCUCUCGCUGUUCCAGUGGUGUGAUUCCAGAUGAGAGAGAAUCUUUCACUUCUCAGAGCAACGACCUGUCCUCCAGAAACCAGGACCAGGAGAACCACAGACUAUCCUACAUCUCGACCCAGUCCUCCCAAAGCUUCGACGCCUUAGAGGAGAUCGACAUGAUUCAGAGUCGAGAUAUUGGGCGCCACACUACCAACAACCCUAUAUUCUACUGUGGACCUGACAGAAACUGUCCACCACAUUCAACCAAACAUACGAAGGAGGUCACCUCACUGAUAAACAAUGAACAGCCCAACUACCACAAGAGAGAGGAGCAGGCAAAGAGAGGGAAACGGCAGCCUUUGGGUGAUGUAGCCAGCGAGAGGAUAAACAAAGAAACAACCCCACUUCUGUACCACCUCACUGGAGCCAGCAGGGCAGCGUUACAGCCUAAAAAGGAUGCUGAUUUCAGUAUAAAAGGCAAGGAAGCAAUCCCAAACAGAAUAGGUCAUGAAGACGUGGCUGUUGAAGAUAAGGAGGGAGCUCAAAAAAGUGACACAAGCAGGAAAGAUAGAGGGGAAGUUCUCUCCGUUGCCUGUAACACUCUGGAUGACUCGUUUAAAAAGUACUACAAAGAGAAGCUGAAGGAUGCCCAGUCAAAAGUCCUAAGGGAGACCUCAUUUAAAAGGAGGGACCUGCAGCUGUCAUGGCCACACCGAAUCAGGCAAAAACCCGAGAUGAGGCCCACAGUGAUUCACACUUUCUCCCCAUCACAGGACUCUGAGACUUCCACAGAUACACUCACUCCCUCUGUGACCUCUGAGGAGACAGAGAGGGGGAGCAUAAAAGAAGAGGUCAGGGAGAUUCAUGAGGAGAAGGACAAAGAGACUGAAAAGGAAAACGGGAGACCAGCGAAUGUGGCCCAGCCCCAGGUAGCACGCAUCGGAGGGAGGAAGCGACUGACCCAAGAGCAGAAGAAGAUGUGCUUCUCUGAACCAGAGAAACUCAACCAGCUCGGUGGUGCCCCCAUCCACUCUGCAUGCCGCUCCUUUGGCAACGAAAGCGAGGGAGAGGAAUGUUGGCAGGAUGGAGAGCAGGGACUGGUUGCAGCACGGAGGAAGAUGUUUGAGACAAGAGGGAGAGCUCUUUCAGCCCCUAGCUCUUCAAAGACAAACUUAAAACAUCUGCAACAGAAGGCCCUGGUGGAGUACAUGGAGCGUAAGACGGGCCAGAAAGUGGCUGAGCCACAGCAACCAACGCCCCAGAUACCAUCUCCAUCCAGACAGAGGCAUUCUCUGGGGGAGAAACCCUUCGAUUGGGUUCCCAGGCCUCUAUCAGGAAAUCAUGAAGGCAAUAACACCAAGAAGAAACUCCACAGACCCCAUUCUGCGGGCCGCAUCCUUGACUCCUCCACCAGCUCCAUCAGGUAUGCUCAGUUCUUCUCAGCUCAGUCUUGUUCAGGCCAGUUGAAUCAACCCAGAUGGAGGGAGAGCCAAGGUCCAUCUCAGGGGAAGUCCGCCUCAGUGGAGAGUCUCUUAGACCAGCCAGAACCACCUAGUUUUUUCAGGAGCAGAUCCACAUCCACACCACUUGCAUUUCAGGCACUCGACUAUGAGGAGGAUCCAUUUCCAGCUGAUACUAUGGAAACCCUGAGUCCCCAGACGAAUGCCACUGAGGACUCCUUAACAGAGCCGACCCCUGAGGGCCAGCAGCGGGUCCGUGUGGUCGCACAGAGGGGGAAGUCCAUGGAAGAACUCGGGGCAUCAAAGUUAAAAAGACCAUCAGCCCUGAGUAAAAGUUCUGAGCAGCUAGAUCACCUGUGGAGGUAUUCGACUCCACCAGUAGGACCGGACGGAGACAAGAUGGGCGUUUCGAUCUUUGCCGAAGUCAGAGAAGCCCAGAGGCAGGACCAAGGAAGGAAGAAACAAAAUGUAACGGAGCAGGCGGGCCAAGAACCAGAGAGUGUUGGUCAGAAGAGUACUCAGGGUCAGACACAAAACCAAACCCAGAAAAAGCUGAAGGAGAACUCAGAAUCAGGCGAGGAUGCCACAGUAGGAACAAAGAACUUAAGCAGAUCCACCUCCCCGGCCUCUUCUCGGGUCAGGGUUCACUCUGGAUCUCCUGGUUCUCACGGCCCUGUCACAGAUGAGCUGAGGUCCAGUAGACCGCCCAGUGAGACUUCACCUGACCCACCUUCCCCCAGAUGUCUAGAUACCAGUGAGAUCAAAUCCACCACGUCUACCCCCACCCAGACAAAGCUUCCUUUUGAAAACUGGUCUAGCUCCAGUAGAGUCAGGUCUUCUCCGUCUGCGACUGGAUCAGAGAGGGAGCAGUCAGUGGAUGAACCAAGCAGAGACGCCCUACAGCCUGAUUCAAACCACGAAGUGUCUUUGAGCUGCGGCGUCACCACGGAUCCGUCACUGUGGAUCCUCCCUCCAGAGGAAGAGAUCAAAGAGGAAGUCCAGACUUCACAGCUGAUGGACGUUUUUGAAGACGAGUCCACCAGCUUGGCCCCUCCAACGCCGACAAGUGAAACCCCAGUGUCUCCCCCCACCUCCGUCUCUUACACAGACAUCAGUCAGGAGGUGGAGGCGGAGGAAAAUCCCGAAACGGAAGAUGAGAAGUCGGGAGAAACCAAGGAAAAUGAGGAGAGGGGGACACCGGCGGGAGAGAGGGAGAGCCUGGAGAGGCCCGCUGAGAGACCGCAGUGGGAGGAGCUGGUGGAAGCGGUGGUCAAGGCCGACCAAUCACUGGCCAUAGUGUUCUACCCGCUGGCCAAUCGUAAGACGGCGCUGAUGCUGAUGGAGCAGCUGCUGUCAGAGGACACACUGCUGAUGGAGGAGCACUACAAGAAGAAACAGGAGCAGAAAGGAGCGACGGAAAGCGCUGAAAUGGUGGAAGGGGCUGAACCAUCGCCUCGUCCUUCUGCUCCUGACAGCCUUAAACCUCAGUGCACAGACAUGCAGAGCAAAGCUGACUUCACCGAGAAAAAGCGUCUGUUAGCGUCGCACAUCAAGGAGCGUCUACUCUCGCUGGAAGAGACACGUGGCGCCCUCCAGACGGAGAUUCAGGAGAACUUGGCCCACGGAGAGGCCCUGGAGGUGCUGGUCCGUGACCGCUGUCUGCCUGUGGAGCUGGAGAGGUACAACCUGUUCAUAGGAGACCUGGAGAGGGUGGUCAACCUGCUGCUGUGCCUCUCUGCCCGGCUGGCCAGGGUGCAGAACGCCCUGAGCACCGUGGACCAACACACGGAUGCCGAGGAGAAGCAAUCUCUGGACAGUCGCCACCGUCUGCUGUGCAAACAGAGGGAGGACGCCAAAGAUCUGAAGGAUAACCUGGACCGGAGGGAGAACCUGGUCUCCACCUUCCUGUCGCGCCAGCUGUCCGCCGAGCAGCUGCAGGACUACCGGCGCUUCGUCCAGACCAAGGCCUCGCUGCUCAUCCGGCAGAAGGACCUGGAGGAGAAGCAGAGGCUGGGAGAGGAGCAGCUGGAGGCCCUUUCCAACAGCCUGAGUCUGUGA